GGCCGACGUCUUUCGUGUCGCAGCCAGCCGGCAGGCCGCGGCCCGGGCCUAGGGACCUGGAGGUAGGCCGCGGGCCGCCCUUAGCAACCGUGGGACGUUGCCAGGACUUUGGCUUGUCGGUGAGGCUUGGCAGGAAUGUUCCACUCACUGCAAUGGAGGCCUCCCUCCAGCAUUUAUUCCUAUUAUGCGAACUCGGCCCGCUUCACCACCUACAAAGGGAAACUGGGGUUGUGGAGAAGUGAGAAUUCCUUGAAAGACAGAUACCAGUGGCUGCUCACCUGGCUACAGAAAGGCUCAGGGCAAUGUCCGAGACGGAAGAGCCUCCUCUCCCUGCUGGCCAACCAGUGCAGCUAUGUGACCGGCCAAAGAGUCCAACGUGCCCAGCAGAUUGGACAGCUGUACAGUAACAUCUAUUCAGAGAGGACGCGCAAGAGCCUCUUCACCUCCUUGUGGCACAAGUUCCAAGGGCGUCAUGCCAAUGCCUGCAAGCUGAUGGCAGCCCUCACCGGCGUCUUCUUGUGGGAAGAGGAGAGGAUCAAAGAAGAGGAGCUGAAAAGGUCUGCAGAAGAGAUGAAACACUUGGAAGAGAUCACCAAGCUCAUCCAAGACGACAGAGAGGAGAACCAGACGCAGGAGCCGAAGCCCUGCAAGGACUUAGCUUGUGAUCCUGAGGAGCAGAGCUGGGAGAUGGUGAUGGACAAGAAGCACUUCAAGCUAUGGAGACGUCCGAUCGGAGGGACCCAUCUGUACCAGUACCGAGUCUUUGGGACAUACACAGAUGUGACUCCUAGGCAGUUUUUCAAUGUGCAGCUGGAUACUGAAUAUCGGAAGAAAUGGGACUCCCUAGUCAUCAAACUGGAGGUGAUUGAGAGAGACCGGGACUCUGGAUCAGAGGUCGUUCACUGGGUGACUCACUUUCCGUACCCAAUGUACUCACGGGACUACGUUUAUGUUCGACGGUACAACGUGGACCAGGAGAACAAUCUGAUGGUUCUGGUGUCACGAGCGGUUGAGCACCCGAAUGUCCCGGAACAUCCCGAUUUUGUCCGCGUCCGAACCUAUGAAUCCCAGAUGGUUAUCCGCCCUCACAAGACGUUUGACGAGAACGGCUUUGACUACAUGCUAACAUACAGUGACAACCCACAGACUGUCUUCCCCCGAUACUGUGUCAGCUGGAUGGUCUCUAGUGGCAUGCCAGACUUCUUGGAAAAACUGCACUUGGCAGCUCUGAAAGCGAGGAACAUGGAAAUAGCAGUGAAGGACUAUAUCUCCUCUGCCAAACCCCCAGAUUGUGGCAGCAGCAGUGGCAGCAGCGAGGGGAAGGCCAGCGUCCCCAACCAGGAGCACAAGGACGAAGGGACCUGCAGCCCUGUUCAUAUAGACUAUGCUUAAAGGAGAGCGCAUCCUCCCCGGAGUCGGCAGACCAAGCCUCAUGCUUCUAGGCUUGCAAGCAGGAACCGCCAAGGAUGGGGGAUGCCCUUGGGACCUUACUUCAGCUGGCCUCCUCCUGUCUCCAGGCCCCUUUCCCUCCCCCCCCCCCCGCUUCCCUCUCCUGUGCCAUCUUGGAUGAGGGUAGCAAUGUUGGCCAUUCGGAGCUGGGCUCAGCCGUUUUGAAAAGCAGUUUUGCGUGGCCAUUUCUGUACUAGUGAUCUUAUUUCCCAAUGGGGUGAUUGGACGAGCCUGUCGUGUUAAUGGGGAAAAUCUCUCUCUCCCCCCCUAACCUUAGGUGCUGCCCAGAGGACUUUAGGGGGCAGUGCAGCAACACCGCCAGGCCACUGCAGCCUUCAACCUUUUGUAACAAUUGUGGCUUACGGGCACCUGCAAUGCAUCCACUAGUGUGUUGAGCCAAGCCAGUCCAACAGACACGUAUUUCUCAGAGCAGGAUCUGUGCAUCCUCUGCAGGGACUGCAUGCUUUCCAUGGGCCCUUGUGUUCCAACUAUGCAGGGAAUUUCUCUGCUGCUGAUGUGCCUUUUUCCCUUCUGGCACUACUGAAUGCAGCGGCUCCAGCUGCUGGAAGCAGGCGACAUGCCUCGUGGAUGCUUCUUCGUGCCUCCUUUUGGUCAGCGCCACGUACUGUUGCUGUGUCUCUGCCUACAGAGUGAAGAGAGGCUCUGGUGCGCGUGUGUGUUUCAACGCACCUUUUCCUCUUUGGCUUGGUGACAUUCAACCGCUACUGGCUUACUUUCUCAAGUUCUGACUGGUGUUAUUUGACUUCUUUGUCGAAUGGAUAGCAUCAACACAAGUGCUACCUUGAGGUUUUCAAAAGGGAAAGCCUGCCUCUGGCAGGCCGUGAAUGUUUCACCAGUGGUCAUUCAAAGUGGAAGUGGGAGCUGUCUGCAUGGGCUACCUGCCCUUUUCCCUUUGCCGUGGUGGAAUUGCAGAGGGCCCCGUUGGCUGCAGAUUUUCCUGUAGCUCGUCUCCGGGAUGGCGGGGAGGGAAUCUAGUUUGCCUUGAGAGACCCAUGGAGGGAACUGUAGUGCAUGUCAUAUCUGAGUGCAUGACAAAUGAGAGCUUCUGUAACGUGCGUUUUGACUCGGUGCAAAGGUCUUUGGAACCUUCCAUACAGUAGUUACAAAUGAACAACCUACCACACAACCAAACUGUGUGAUUUUGGGGGCAGGGGACUGGGAUUGCAGCUCAAGGCAUGUGGGCGUCCAUCCUAGAUAUUCUAGGGGUUUUAAAAGAAUAGCCUUGUUUUGGUUUUCUUCCAUAAUCUAGAAUGUACAAAUUAGUGCGUGUCAGCCAAGUUUCCCAUUGUGGUGCCCUAGAACGGGCUGGGGGUGGAGGAGACAUUCCUACAUGCCUGCUGAAUGAGCGCCCUGCCUUUCAGUGUGUGUAUGCACUCACGUGCACUACCAUGCGCCAAUAGUUGGAGUCUGCCUGCAGCCUCUCGCUGGUAGCACCCGUGGGAUGUGCUGCUGUAGAAAGAGGUUCAACUCGCUCCACUGUCCUCCAAUAAUACAAAGCCGAAUGAUCCGUGAGACUAGAUGUUCUGUAUAAAUAUCUUUGGAGAACCAUUUCUGUGCCAGUGAAAAAUUGGGUGCUUCUGCCACCCUCUUUCAUUCUAUGUGCUUUUUUCUUUCUUUUUUAAGCUCCACACGGGGCAGAAAAUGUGAGAUGUCCAAGCUGAGUUGAUCAGAUCCAGCGCUAAAACAAGAAACCUCCUCUUCUCAGCUUGGUAACCAUGGGUUAUAGGGGGCUGUAUAUAUGCCAUGGGGCAGGGUGGAAUUGUGCAUGAAGACCUCUUUGGUCUCGUUCGGUGGCCACCAGGGCCUGUCAACAUAGCUACUAUGGACUUGUGCUUUCACUUAAAGCUAGUGUUUUUAUGAGAACCAAAGUAACAAUAAACGUAAUAGAUUGAUACAACAGCCUCAUAAGUCGAUCCUUUUGGGGAGGGGUGGGACAGAGCCUCCCUUUGCUGUUGCAAUGGUUUUCUUCAGGUUUUCUUCAGGCGUGGAACAUCUGAUCAGGUUUUCCCCACAUAUGCUUAAAAUCUAAAUCAUUUGCCAUGAAAAGCCUUUUUUUACAAAAAAAAUCUUCCAUUUAUGAUUCUGCAUUAUUUUGGGGGUUUGCUAGCCAUUGCAGGCCCAAUACUACAUAUCUUAUGUGAGGCUUUUGAGAUUCCGGCAGGAGUCUUCCUAAUGGUUGCAAUCUAAUCCGUGACCUUGCAUGCAUCUGGAUGUGAAUGCAACCUAUUUUUUAUUUAUUUUUUGAACUGUCAUUUGUACCUUUAUUGCUGCCAGUAUUUCUUCCGGUGCUAAAGGCGCUCGCCACACAUGGUGUAUAAGAAAAGAGCUCCCUGUUCAGGACUGGGAGUUGCUGCCAUGACAUCUUUGGAGGUGUGUGGAUGAUUACCUCUUAUGGAUCGUGGUCUGUUUCCUUGUGGAGCUUUUAAAACCAAUGUUUUAGUGGGCAGAACGUUGUGAUAGCCGCUGGGAAGGAUAUGCUUUCUUUAACAGAAUGAGAUGUAUUCAUGAGAGACAGGUCUAGAUCAGCCUCAUCAUCGCAGGCAGCGCAGUGGGGAUUACAGCUUUGGGGUGGCCAUCUCUGUCAUGACCAGUUUCUGAGGAGCAUCUUCCCAGCUGUUGUAGGAAAUGGCUGGUUGGACAAGGUGGGCCUUUGGGUAACGUAGCACAGCAGCACUUUACAGUACUUGAGCUACUCAGAGAAAACAUAAAAAGGCACUACCUAGCCUAGGACAACCUUCCCCAACUUGGUGCCCUGGCUGGGGGACGCUGGAAGGGGUAGUUGGGGAAGUCUGGCCUAGGCUAUGUGUUGCAAACCACGCAACUUCAUGUGGAAGUUGCAAGUUAAUUAUAGCCUGUCAGUUGGCUCUGUAUUCCUGUAAGCAUUCCAGUUCUCAACCUGCAUAUCCUGUUGUAUCUAUUUACUGUUGCUGUCUUCUCUGUGGGCCACGAGGUGGCAGCAGGACAUCGUACGACAGUGAAAAGAUGGUCAUGCUGUGGAAAGCUAGAUUCCGUCUGGACCACUCUGGAAGCUUUAGUCAGCAUCGCUUCCUGUGUUGGAAGUGGGUUUAUCGAGCCUAAUCUAGGUCUUUCUGAGACCUAGGAAGGGUUUUUGUUUUUUAAAUGGGGCAGUGUAAUUUCCAUGAUUUGGUACUUAAGGAAGGGGUCGGCCCUAGCUUCCGUAGAAAUAUGUGAAGAAUUUCGCUUGUCUGAACGUUGCUAGAUCUGUGUACUAGUAACUAAUGACAUGUAGAAGGGGGUAGUAAUAAUAAUAAUAAUCCCAUCCCUCCCUUGUCAAAAUAUCACAGAUGAGAAGAGACAGAUGGCCUUAUAGGCAGUUUCCUAUCACUACUGUGCACGGGUCCUCCAGAACGGGUACAUGGAAACCCCCACCCCCACCCCCCGCUUUCAUAACCUCCAUAAUUACAAGAGUCCACCAGUAAGUGCAGGCAGCUUUCACUUGUAUGCCUCCGGUUACAGCACGGAGGCAAAGUGAGCAUAUAUAGAUUUCCAACUCAGGGCAAAGAAUUAUGCCUCCCCCCCACACACACACACACCUUUCUUGCUUUAAAUUACAAAAAUGUCCCAAGUCUCCCCUUCUGAAACACUGGCCUUUCAGUUGGCAACCCUUCACAGUUUUCUUUCACAGGAGGUUUUCCAUCCGUAGGAAGGUAGAUCUCAGACCAAGCAGCUCUUGGGCUCUUCAGGUGCCUCAGAGAAAGAUGAUAAGCCCAGGUUUGGAUAUGCCAGGGGUCUUCCUGGGGCUGGCAGCUGGCAACGUCCCCCAGCAAAGGAAGCCCUGGAGAUGUGGGCUGUAGGUAAGGCAGCCCUCCAGCAGCAUCCACCUUGAUGGAGUGUGUCUGUCUGUCCUCUUGCAAGCCAUUCUCUCCAGCCGGUCUUCCUCCUUCCUAGAGCUUUUUAGCAGCAUCUUGAUGAGGCCCAAUGGUUGCUGCUGAGGCUUCACUCAUAGAAUCAGAAUAGCAGAGUUGGAAGGGGCCUACAAGGCCAUCGAGUCCAACCCCCUGCUCAAUGCAGGAAUCCACCCUAAACUCUCCCACAGUUGGGCUGGGAUACCCUUAUCAUUCUUAAGAACGCCAGAAGAGCCCUGCUGCAUCAGAGCCAGGGUUUAUCUAAGUCCAGCGCUCUGUUCACACUGUGGCCAACCAGCUGUCCACCAGGGGCCAACAAAGGAGGACAUGAUGCAACAGCACCCUCCCACCCAUGUCCCCCAGCAACUGGUGCACACAGGCUUACUGCCUUGAAUACUGGAGGUAGCAGUUUUUAUAUGUACUUUUACAGGCCCCUGAAGAAGGCCUAAAAAACAAGAAGCCAAAAUGUGUUGGGCUUUUGUAUAAUAAACUUUCUUAUAGCA